UAAAUAAACGGACUUGAAAUAAAAAAUGGCUUCUCUAUAUGUGGGUGAUUUACAUCAUGACAUCAAUGAGGCUGGACUUUUUGAUAAGUUCUCCUUGGCUGGCCCAGUGAUGUCCAUUCGUGUUUGCCGUGACAUCAUAACUCGUCGUUCAUUGGGCUAUGCCUAUGUUAAUUUCCAACAACCAGCUGAUGCUGAACGUGCUUUGGACACCAUGAAUUUCGAUUUGAUCCGCAACAAACCCAUUCGCAUUAUGUGGUCUCAACGUGAUCCCUCAUUGCGCCGUUCCGGCAUUGGCAAUGUUUUCAUCAAAAACUUGGACAAGAGUAUCGACAACAAAGCCAUCUACGAUACAUUUUCCGCCUUUGGCAACAUUUUAAGUUGCAAGGUGGCCACCGAUGAUAAGGGCUCGUCCAAGGGUUACGGUUUUGUACACUUCGAAACUGAAGAGGCCGCCAACAGUGCCAUCGAAAAGGUCAAUGGUAUGUUGUUGAACGGCAAAAAGGUGUACGUUGGCAAAUUCAUUCCCCGCAAGGAACGCGAGAAGGAAUUGGGCGAAAAGGCCAAGCUCUUCACCAAUGUCUAUGUCAAGAACUUUGCCGAAGAUGUUGAUGAUGAAAAACUAAAGGAAAUGUUUGAACCAUAUGGUAAAAUUACCAGCUACAAGGUAAUGACCAAGGAUGAUGGUAAAAGCAAAUGCUUUGGUUUUGUGGCCUUUGAGACCACCGAGGCGGCCGAGGCUGCCGUUGAGGCCCUUAACGGCAAGGAGGUUAGCGAGGGUAAGACCUUGUAUGUGGCUCGUGCCCAAAAGAAGGCUGAACGCCAACAGGAACUCAAGCGUAAAUUCGAAGAAUUGAAGAAGAAACGCCAAGAGUCGGUAUUCGGCGUCAACUUGUACGUCAAGAAUUUGGAUGACACCAUCGAUGAUGAACGUUUGCGCAAGGAAUUCUCCUUGUACGGUACCAUCACCUCGGCCAAGGUUAUGACCGAUGAGGAAGGCCGUUCCAAGGGCUUUGGUUUCGUGUGCUUUGUUGCUCCCAAUGAGGCCACCUGUGCCGUCACCGAAUUGAAUGGCCGCGUCAUUGGUUCCAAGCCAUUGUAUGUUGCUUUGGCCCAACGCAAGGAAGUGCGCAAGGCCCAUUUGGCCACCCAAUAUAUGCGUCACAUGGGUGGUAUGCGUAUGCAAACCUUGGGACAGAUUUUCCAACCUGCCUCGGCUGGCAGUUACUUUGUCCCCACCAUGGGUCCAGCUCAACGUUUCUUCGGCCCUCAGGUACCCACCGCUAUGCGCAACACCCCACGCUGGGCUGGUCAGGUACCACGUCCCGUUGCCGGUGCCCAAGGUGUGGCACAGGCAGCCCCCGCUGCCGGUGGUUUCCAAAACCCCGCCAUUCCCGGUGCUGCCGGUACCCAAUAUCGUCCACCAAAUGCUGCAGCUGCUGCUGCUCGCGGUCAACAACAAGGCGUACAGGGCGCACACGCUGGUGCGGCUAAUAGCAUGCGUAAUACUGGCGCUCGUGCCAUUACCGGACAACAGACCAUCCCAGCUGCCAAUAUGCCAAUGGCUGGUGCCCCAAUGCCCGCCGGUGGUGGACAGCAGAGAGCUGCCAACUACAAAUACAACACCAAUGUGCGCAAUCCAGCUGUACAACAGGUUCCUGCUCAGCCUCAGGUUCAACAAAUGCAUCAAAAGGGUGGUCAAGAAAAGCUGUUGGCCUCCAUGUUGGCCAAUGCCAAGCCCCAAGAACAAAAACAAAUCUUGGGUGAACGUUUGUAUCCCAUGAUUGAACGCAUGCACCCCAGCAUGGCUGGCAAGAUCACCGGCAUGUUGUUGGAAAUCGAAAACUCCGAGCUGUUGCACAUGAUCGAGGAUCAUGAAGCCCUCAAGGCCAAGGUUGAAGAAGCUGUUGCCGUUUUGCAGGUUCACAAUGUGCGCGAAACUGUGCCUACCAACUAAACAAAGGAAAAAUUUGCAAGAAACCAAAAAAAAAACUAAAACAAAAAAUAUUUUGAAAACAAAAAAAUAAGCACUA